GCAAGGUAUAACAUGGAUUCUCAUCUGCACUUUAUUUAUCACAUUCCCUCAUGGCAGAUCUUCACCAGCAAAUGCAUUCAUGCUUUAAUCAAGAUCAGUGUAAUGCGGAGAGAGUUUGAACUUGCUAAGUACAGUAACUAUGGCUUCCUAAUUGCUGCGAACUUUUGAGCCCACCCAGUUUCACAAUGUCAACUGUCGCCAGUGGCCUAAUCUUUCUCACUGCGAGGAAGGCCAUUCAGAUUUUCCCAGAAAAUGUGAAGAAGCUGUGGAGAAAAUGGGAGCUCCGGGUGAUGAUCAUAGUUAGUCUUGUCUUGCAAAUCGUGCUCGUGAUGUUCGCCUCAAGGCGAAAAUCCACAAAAGCCAGCUGGAUCGCGUCCCUCGUCUGGUUAUCGUACUUAUUGGCAGACUCCGUCGCGACCCUCUCACUGGGGCUUGUCUCAAGCAGCAGCGGAGGAAAUUCCUCAGACCCGAACAGCAGGCUGCUGGUGUUUUGGUCCCCGUUCCUCCUCUUACACCUUGCAGGCCCCGACACCAUCACUGCUUACUCGACCGAGGACAAUGAGUUAUGGACAAGGCACUUGCUCAGCCUAGUGACCCAAGUAGUUGCUGCCUUUUAUGCCUUCCUCACUUCUUGGAGCACAAGCGUUCUCACAUUUAUAACGAUCCCCGUGUUCAUUUCUGGGGUAAUAAAGUAUGGAGAGAGGACUUGGGUGCUCAGGUCUGCGAGCUCUGACCACUUUCAAGCCCCUGAACUGUCACCACCUACUAAGUUGCUAGAUAUGAAUCUAAGGCCCGGUGAGAAGUACCUUUACGAAGCCUUUUACCUGUUCGGCAUGUUCAAGCAUCUGUUCACUGGGGUCAUCCUUGACUCUGAUGAAGCCGAAUACAGCUACUUUAUCAUUUGCAAGAAGUCGGCUGAAGAAGCAUUCAAAUUGGUCGAAGUCGAGCUGAGUCUCAUGUAUGACCUGAUCUACACGAAGGCAAAAGUAGCCUACUCUAUACCCGGCAUCCUCCUUCGUUUCAUUACCUUCUCGUCCGCUGUUUCUGUGCUGAUUAUCUUUUGCACUGCCAUUGAUGAGCAUGUUUACUUGCACGUUGAUGUGGCAAUAACUAUGUUAUUGUUGGUGGGAGCUAUUGCUUUGGAGGUUUACGCAGGAUUUACUGCUGUAUUUUCUGAUUGGACGAUGCUGUUGUUGAUAGAGCUGAGGAAGCCUUUGGGGCAUUUCCUGUAUCGAACAAUAUCGUCUUCCCGAUUAUUUUCAUUUUACAGCAAGAGGUGGUCGGGAUCCAUGGGACAACUCAACUUAAUAAGCUAUUGCUCAACCGACAGGUUUGUGAAGUUCAUCGAAGAUGAGCCAUUUGGCUUCUAUUUCACGUUAGAAACAUAUUGGCAAGUGAUGCAGGUGGAAGUGAGCGUCCUUUUAAAAGAACAGAUCUUUAAGCGACUGAUAGAGAAUCAUUCUAGGUGCAGCGACUCGGGGUUUGAUCCCAGAAUCGUUAAGGAGAUGCUUGGUGAAAGAGGCGAUUUCACUCUUCAGAAGAGGAAUUGUCUCGAAGAACUCCAGUGGAGCACCAUCAGGGUAGACUUUGAUCGGAGCCUCCUUCUUUGGCACAUCGCUACUGAUCUCUGCUACUACUCCGACCUCAACGAAGACAGCCUUGCCGCUUGCAAAAUGAGCCAAUUACUGUCUGAUUAUAUGCUGCAUAUCCAAGUCACACGUCCCUUUUUGCUACCUAAAUCAAUUGGCCGGACGAAAUAUCUUGAAGAAACGUACAAGCAGGUGACGGCUUUCUUUCGGCAAGGAGGGUUGAAAACAAAGAGUGGAAGAGAUGCCCGAGAUCUAUUGUUUUACAAGAAAAACUUGCAUUCCCUGCGAAUGAGUACAAAUAGCUUGGUGCUGCUAAAUGCCCAUAGGCUCGCCAAACGAUUGCAGUCUCUUGUGACGGAGUUGGGUUGGACAAAGGAGCAAUUAUGGGACAUGGUAUGCGAAGUUUGGGUUGAGAUGCUGAUUUAUGCAGCAGGCAAGUGCGAGUGGACCAACCACGCGCAGCAACUCCGACAAGGCGGAGAGUUGCUGACUCACGUAUGCCUCCUUAUGGCACAUCUCGGCUUAUCAGAACAGAUCCAACCAAAGGUGGUGAACAUUAUAGUCUCGGAAAUGAUGGAUGUUCCUGAUUUUGCAGGAAGGAGCGUAGGCGAUCCCAUGUUCGGCGUAUUUCCUGCAUAAUCAAAAGGAAGAUCAGUGCUUGGUAGAUUGUUUUGAUCUUUUGACUGUCGCAUUCUUACAUAUCAACUGACGAAUGAUUCCAUGUUAUCAUCUUCUAAUCUGGUCUCUGGAGUUCUAGAUACAGAUAUCAUCUUUUCACUGUCA